CCUCACUGAAAAUGAAGUACAAAUGCAACCAAGCAGAGUGAGGCGAUUGUGGGAGAAAGUGCUUUAAAGAAAACAUUUCUAUAACAGUAACUUUUGUUUUUUUGCAAUAAUUAAGCAUUUUCUUUCUUCCUUCAAUCCAUUUCUUGCUCCCGUUUGCUAUAAUACGCCAUUGGUGGCGAGUUCCUCUGCUCCUUUGGCCUCAUCAUAAGCCAAGAAAAGUGAUUUCAUUUGAGAGCUUCUUUGGUACAGCUUUGAGUGAACCCAAUCUUUUUUCUCUGCCCUCUCUCAUAUCCUCAUCAAUUAUAUAUUAUAUCAAUUGGAUCUUCCUCAUCUGGUUCUUCCCAUUUACCGGAUCUCAGAUUCAGAGUUCUUUUGAGAGAGUAAACAUGGUAGUAAGCAUGCAGAGUUGUUGCAGUCAAAGCCUCAAAGGGUCAAGAGGGGUCCUCUAAAGUCUCAAUCUUUUAUGGAGUGCUGCAACAAGAGGAGGAUGAUGAAGGAAUCUCCGGAAUCGAACUUCAUGAACAGAAGAGGUUCAUCGUGUUUUCCAGAUGAGGUUCUUGAGCGUGUUAUUGGGAUGCUGAAAUCAAGAAAGGACAGAAGCUCUGUGUCACUGGUUUGCAAGGAGUGGUACAACGCUGAGAGAUGGUCAAGGAGGAACGUGUUCAUAGGUAACUGCUACUCUGUGUCCCCUGAGAUCUUAACCCGAAGGUUCCCAAACAUAAGAAGUGUUACACUGAAAGGGAAGCCACGUUUCUCUGAUUUCAACUUGGUUCCUGCAAAUUGGGGUGCCGAUAUUCACUUUUGGCUUGUGGUGUUUGCUGAAAAGUACCCUUUCCUUGAGGAGCUUAGGCUUAAGAGGAUGACUGUUACUGAUGAGAGUUUGAAGUUCUUGGCGCGCUCUUUUCCAAACUUCAAAGCUAUUUCCCUUCAAAAUUGUGAUGGUUUCAGCACUGAUGGUUUGGCUGCAAUUGCUGCUGAUUGCAAGAAUUUAACUGAGCUUGACAUACAAGAGAAUGUCAUUGAUGAUAAAAAUGAUAAUUGGUUGACUUGCUUCCCGGAAAGCUUCACAUCGCUGGAAGUACUGAACUUUUCCAUCCUUCACAAUGAUGUAAAUUUUGAUGCACUUGAGAAGCUUGUUACUAGGUGCAAAUCAUUGAAGACUUUGAAGCUUAAUAAAAGUAUAACACUGGAACAGUUACAAAGGCUACUUUUUAGAGCUCCUCAGUUAUGUGAGCUUGGUACUGGCUCAUUUUCACAAGAGCUGACAACACAGCAGUACACGGAGCUUGAAGGCGCCUUCAGCAAUUGUAAAAAUCUUAACACCCUUUCUGGAUUAUGGGUAGUUACACCGCAGUAUCUCCCAGUUCUGUACCCGGCAUGCGCAAAUCUGACUUUCUUGAAUUUUAGUUAUGCUCCCCUGGACAGUGAUGAUAUUGCUAAGCUGCUUGUUCAUUGCGCCAAUAUUCGGCGCCUAUGGGUAGUGGACACAAUCGAAGAUAAGGGGUUGGAAGCUGUAGGAACACACUGCCCACUGCUUGAGGAACUGCGUGUAUUUCCUGCAGAUCCUUUUGCUGAGGGUGAUGCCCGCGGUGUUACUGACUCAGGCUUUAUUGCUGUCUCUCAAGGAUGCCGAAAUCUUCACUAUGUCCUCUACUUUUGCCGGCACAUGACCAAUGCUGCUGUUGCCACUGUUGUGCAAAACUGCCCUGACUUCACUCAUUUCCGGCUCUGUAUUAUGAACCCCGGCCAGCCGGAUUACCGGACAAGCGAACCAAUGGAUGAGGCUUUUGGAGCAGUUGUUAAGACUUGCAGCAAACUCCAGAGGCUUGCAAUAUCUGGUUUACUGACCGACCUUACAUUUGAGUACAUAGGGAAGUAUGCAAAAAACUUGGAAACUCUUUCAGUUGCCUUUGCUGGAAGCAGUGAUUGGGGUAUGCAGUGUGUACUAGAAGGGUGUCCUAAGCUGAGGAAACUUGAGAUAAGGGACUGCCCAUUUGGGAAUGCUGCACUUCUUUCGGGGUUGGAAAAGUAUGAGUCGAUGAGGUCGCUGUGGAUGUCAGAUUGCAAAGUGACAAUGAAUGGAUGUAGAUUGUUGGCUAAGGAAAUGCCAAGGUUGAAUGUUGAGGUAAUAAAGGAAGACGGCAGCGAUGAUAGCCAAGCCGAAAGGGUCUAUGUGUAUCGUUCCGUUGCUGGACCCAGAAGGGAUGCUCCUCCAUUUGUUCUCACUCUCUAAGAUGCUAUCUGGGACAAAAUCUGCAAAUUGAUGAUGAAUAGCAUCAAUAAUUUGAAGAAAAAGAGAGAGGGUUCUGCAAUGUUCCAAGUUGAAUGAUGUUGGAAGUGGUUGAGGCUUAUCCAUAGAUUGAUUGUUGUGUUGUUGGUACAUCAAAUCGAAGGAGCAAGGACGAGAGACACUGCAAAGUCCACUUUUUUUAGUUGCUAUAAUAAUUGUACCAAGUGGGUCCCACACACAGUGGAGACUAGAUGAGCACAUUGAGAACAACACCAAUCAUUCUCAACAAUAUCCACAUGACGAUCAGAUCAUGCCAGAAGAUGAGGUAGUCGUGGAUCUGGUCUAUCUUGAUGCUUAUUCAAGACAUUUUUUUUUUCUUCUGCCAAUUUAAUUAUUUAUUCGUGAAAGAAUAGCUUUCGCUUCUGAUAAUGGAGGAAAUCCAUGGAAAUUAAUGAGAUUAUUUAUUAUUAUUUAUUUUACACAGAAGAGAAGUCAUAUAUGUAUCACUGCAUCGGACAACAAAUUAUAGUGCCAUUGUUUGACAUGUUUUACUAAAUCGCUGAAUAACUUGGUG